UCCAAAGAGGAGAGGACUCUGCAAGGCAAGGAGCACCAUGAGCCAACACAUGGGGCCGGCAACUGGUACAGACCCUCUGCCCUUCAGCACCCGGUCAUGGCAGUGAACGUGGAGUCAGUGAUGCUCCUGCUCUUCUCUCUCCUGGACAUCCCAUGGGUUCUCUGUCUGUCCAGCGCUCUGUGCCCACACACCACCUUCUACCAUGGCUGCUGGAUCAGGAGGUUCCCUGGAUUGUUCCUCAGCUUCUCCGGGUCAGAACAACGAGGAGCCAAAGUCUUACAGAGACAUCCUGAGCCUUCAGCCCAACUCUGCAGCCGCAAGUGCUGCCACCAAGAAUUGUGUAAUCUGGCUGUCUUCUACUUCGAGAUGAACAAUGAGAGCGGGGAAUGUCACCUGGUGCAUUGUCCACAGCCGGAGAGCUGCCUCCUCCAGCUGCAAGAGCGCAGCAUUCUCUACACCGUCAUGGCUGGUGCUGAUCCAGAUCUGCUGGUGUUUGAUAAACUGGGACAUAUUGAUUUGAACCCACGUUCAUCCUUAAAGUGGGAGCGUCUGAACUUAUCCCGCGUUCCGACUUCCUCGACCCCUGUUUCCCCAACCAUCUUACCCUCUAAUGAGCCUCAUGUUAAUUCACUGUCCACCCAUCCACAUGAUGAGAUACCUCUUCAUCCACCAACCCAACAUCCUUCUCCUCAGCCCCCAUCCCCAGCAGACUCUCCUCUCCGCUCUUUGCCACCUACUUAUUCUCCUCCAUUAACUGCUCAAGUAACUUCUAAGACAACAUUGAUCUCCUCCCCAGAAGACAGAGAAUCCAACAAGGAGACACCUCCAUCCUUACCACCCCUGGACCAACCAGAUUUACAGAGUCCGGCUCACCUUGACAGCAGCAAGCAGCACAUAAAUGAAACCAAGGGCCACAGUGGUAGAAACCAGACUUAUGAGGGAGAUACUGAAGACUCCUCAGACACCAUGACCCAUCUCUGGCCACUUCCUGCAUUCAUUGGUUCCAUGGUGACCUUACUGUGCUGCUGUUCAGGUAUCCUGGCAUUUGGGUGCUGCAGGAGGAAGCGACGAGGGAGGUAUAGACCCUGGAGGGCUCCAAGAGCUGGGAAAGGGACAAUGAUAACUUGCACUCUUCUCAAGGAGAAGGCCUGAAACUCACUGCCUCAAAGCCAUGGGUCAUCCCCUAGUGAAUAAUAUUGGUCCUGUAUACGACUAUCACCUGAAAGGUGAGGAAAUAGCAGGAUGAGAUCCAGUUCCUUGGUACAGGAUUUGGAGGCUAUGGCCAAGAAUGGUAAAAUGCUUAAUGCUCAUCUCUGGGAUCAUGUGGAAGGGAAUCAAUUUGUCACCCAGCAUUGCAGCUGCAGGUCACAUUGUAGGCCUUGGUCAAUACAUCCAUUAUAUUUGUGAUGAUCCUUCCUUCUGAAUAUUGUGGCAGUUGAUUGGUGCAAUUUUUGCAACCAAAAUGCAUAAAAAAUAUGAAGCAUCUUUGCAAAUAUAGUCUAGAUGAAAAAUCUCCUACAGUUAUGUGUGUGUAUACAGAACUAUAUGUUGUUAUGGUUACAGACUACAAACACAUCCUGCGUAGUCUGAUUAAGCAUUCAUGUGUUAUUGACUUUCAAAAUCAAUGAUAUGGUAAUAAUUUUCAAAAGGAUUUGUCCAACUGGGCAUA